AUGCUGUUCAAGAAACGCCAGUCGUCUGAUAACUCGACGCUCGGGCGGGCCUCAAGUUCCGGUGGCACCCAGCUGCCCAUGUUGCAGCUCCCACCCAAGCUGCGGUACAAUGUGCUCUGCCUGUUGAGCGAGUUUGUGGGGACUUUUAUGUUUCUGCUCUUUUCUUUUGCGGGUGCACAGGUGUCCAAUACCCCCAAGCCACCACCUGGCUCCCCUCCGAAUACUUCUAAUUUGUUGUACUCGGCGCUUUCUUUUGGGUUCUCUUUGACAGUCAAUGUCUGGGCAUUUUAUCGAGUCACGGGUGGUCUCUUCAAUCCGGCGGUUACCCUUGCUCUCUGCCUGACUGGCGGCAUGCCCCCUUCCCGAGGGUUAUGUGUAUUCCCUGCACAACUUGUCGCUGGAAUUGCUGCAGCGGGUGUGGCAAGUGCCAUGUUCCCGGGCCCGCUAAAUUGUGAGACCCGACUCGGCGGUGGGACAUCAAUCUCACAAGGACUCUUCAUUGAGAUGUUCAUGACGACCCAGCUGGUGUUUGUCAUCAUCAUGUUGGCAGUGGUGAAGCACAAGUCCACCUAUUUAGCUCCAGUGGGAAUUGGUACUUACUAUACUGGAGGAUCUCUCAACCCUGCUCGCUCUCUCGGACCGGAUGUGAUCAACCGCUCAUUUCCAGGAUACCACUGGAUCUAUUGGGUUGGUCCUCUGCUCGGGUCUCUUCUUGCCUCUGCAUUCUAUCGACUCCUUUGCUUCGUGCGCUGGGAGAGGAUCAACCCUGGUCAGGAUUAUAACGAGGAAGAGGUGGCCAGAAAGCAGUCGUUGGUUGGUUCGGAGCAUACAAUCACCGCCAAUAUCCCUCCAUCCCAGUUCCCUAGAAGGGAUAUUCCGUCUGAUGAGCAUGUUUAA